AAAGGAGCCCCGAGAACCGUAGCCACGCUGUGCCAGGAGAAGAAUAAUAACACACAGACCUCAGCAGAUACCCCCAGACGUCGGAGAAAGCCCACCAAAACACACCGCAACCUCAGCAGAGACUCCCCGGAGAGACUGUCCCUGAACAUCCUGAAUGAAUUCGUGGCUCCCGGUCAGGAUCAUGACGCACUUAACCAUUGUUCCCCAGACCGGUUGUCUGAGCUGCUGAGCACGGCGAGAAUGGCGGCCUGCAACAAUAACCUUCCAGUCGGUGAGUUGAAGGCUCGCACAGGAGAGGAGAACGAAACAAAGGAUAAUGGAGGGCCGGAGUGCCCGGUGCCCUCCAGCGGGUCGCGGUUUUCCAUUGCUCGAACAUUCCGACCUCAGAAGAGGACCAGCGCGAAAGCCAAGCCCUUCCUGUGCACGGUGUGCGGGAAACGGUUCAGCCAGAAAUCUCUGCUCAUCCAGCAUCACCGGAACCACACCGGGGAACGUCCCUACCCCUGCGUGGACUGCGGCAAAAGCUUCACCUCGUGUUCCCUGCUCAUCCGCCACCAGAAAAUUCACACCGGCGAGAAGCCCUUCGCCUGCUCGGACUGCAACAAACGUUUCAGCGAGAGCUCCCAGCUGGUCCGCCACCAGCGCACCCACACCGGAGAGCGCCCGUACACGUGCAUAGAGUGCGGCAAAAGUUUCAGCGAGAGUUCCAAGCUGGUCAUUCACCAGCGCACUCACACCGGCGAACGGCCGUAUUCCUGCGACGACUGCGGCAAGAGCUUCAGCGUGCGCUCGCACCUUAUCACCCACCAGAGGACUCACACAGGUGAGCGCCCUUACACCUGUAACCAGUGCGGCAAGAGCUUCAGCGAGAGCUCCAAGCUGGUAAUGCACCAGCGCAUUCACACCGGCGAGCGCCCCUACACCUGUGCCACCUGCGGCAAGAGCUUCAGCCAGCGCUCCGUCCUGGUGACCCACCAGCGUAUUCACACGGGCGAAAAGCCCUACGCCUGUCCCGAAUGCGGCAAAUGUUUCAUCGACAAGGUGGGCUGCGACCGCCACCGCGUCACCCACAGCAACGAGAAGCCUUUCCAGUGCCCCCUCUGCGGCAAGAACUUCAGCCGCAACUCCGACUACAACAAACACCAACGAACCCACACCGGAGAGAGGCCGUAUUCCUGCCCGCAGUGCGGCAAAAACUUCAGCUGGAGUUACCAGCUUGUCCGCCACCAGCGCGUCCACACUGGCGAAAAGCCGUACACCUGUAUUGAAUGUGGGCAGAGCUUCUGCUGGAGCUACCAACUGGCCACUCACCAGAGAUCUCACACGGCAGAAAACUCCUUCGCGUAA